GCGUGAGCUGAGUUGUCACUUGUCAUUUCGCCGUGAGUUUUUGGUGAAAUAACGUAUUGCAGGAAUAUGAGCCCGCUUAUAAAGUCGUGAAGAACGAAACGUCUUUCCUGUUAUUUUAGUUUUGUGAUGUAUUUAUUUUUAAUUAAUUUACGCUGUGUCAAUUUAUAUACAGUUUUUGAGCAUUGUUAAAUUAUAAAAGAGUUCCAUAAUAUUUCGGACUUGAAACGUCAUUAGGACCACUUGAAAAUUGUUGGUUUAAAGUGCUGACACCAUGGACCAGAGUGGUAUAACCCCAAAUACAUCAAAUCAACAGUUAGUUAAUGGCAGUGAUAAUGAUUCUGCGACAGCGUUGCUACAGGAGAAGCAAGCACGAAGAAGAGAAAAUCUAGGAGAUGUAUCAUUCAGAGAAUACAUGACUGUCGGAAUACUAUGUUUCGUUAAUCUCAUCAAUUAUAUGGAUAGAUUUACAAUAGCAGGCGUCCUUAGCGAUGUAAAAACCGAGUUCAACAUCGGCGACGACUGGGCGGGUCUGCUGCAAACCGUGUUUGUAAUCGCCUACAUGGUGUUCGCGCCGAUGUUCGGCUACCUAGGCGACAGGUACUCGCGGCGGAAGAUAAUGGCGGCUGGUGUCGCACUAUGGACUAUGACAACAUUUGCUGGUUCUUAUGUAACGAAUUACUAUUGGUUCGCGGUGUUCCGUGGGCUGGUGGGCAUCGGCGAGGCGUCGUACUCCACCAUCGCCCCCACCAUUAUCAGCGACCUCUUCGUCGGGAAUGUGCGCUCCAAGAUGCUGGCAUUCUUUUACUUCGCCAUUCCUGUUGGAAGUGGUUUCGGUUACAUAGUGGGGUCGGUGGCGGGCGCGAUCGCCGGCGACUGGCGCUGGGGGCUGCGUGUGACGCCGGUGCUGGGCGCCGCCGCCGUAGUGCUGGUGGCUUGCGUGAUGCAGGACCCGGAGCGGGGACAGGCUGAGGAGAGCACUAUGAAACCGACUUCAUAUGGUGAUGACCUACGAGCGCUUGUUAGGAAUCCGUCGUUCAUGUUGUCGACGCUGGCGUUCACGUGCGUGGCGUUUGUGACUGGCGCGCUGGCGUGGUGGGGCCCGCUCUUCAUAUUCCUCGGCCUCGACCUGCAGCCCGGCGUCAACAUCUCCAAGGAGAGCGUGUCGCUGAGGUUCGGCAUAGUGGGUAUGUUGGCGGGCGCGUGCGGCGUGCCGGCGGGCGCGGCGCUGGCGCAGCGGCUGCGCGCGCGCCUGCCGCACUGCGACCCGCUCGUGUGCGGCCUGGCGCUGCUCGCCUCCGCGCCGCUCGUCUACCUCGCGCUCGUCGCCGUCUCCUCGCCCGCGCUCACGACACCCACAUACAUACUAAUGUUCCUCGGAAUGUUCUCGCUCAACCUCACCUGGUCAAUCGUCGCCGACAUCGUCCUGUACAUUGUAAUACCUCCGCGUCGUUCGACGGCGGAAGCAUUCCAAAUCCUGAUAUCACAUAUGCUGGGGGAUGCCGGUAGUCCCUACUUAAUAGGAGUGAUAUCGGAGAGUUUGAAGCGGUCGCUGAGCGGCGGCGCGGCGGAGGCGGCCAGCCGCAGCCAGCAGUUCCGCGCGCUGCAGUACGCGCUCUUCCUCACCUGCUUCGUCGAGGUCGUCGGCGGCGUCUUCUUCCUCAUCACCACCAACUACAUCGUCAGGGACAAGCAGAAGGUCGACAGAGCUAUUGCAGUGUCAGCAAAAAUAGUAUAAUCCAAAGCAAAAAAUAGUGUAGGCGAAGCGGAAGUACACAGCAGCGAAGCUUCUCACAGUCAAACACAUGAAAAAAAUGUAUCCGGUGAAUAGUUUGUUUGUCAUUUGUAUCAGUCUAGUUAACGGUUGUAGUGUGGUGAACUUUCACUGUCGAAUAUGUUCCUGUCAAAUGGCUAUUGUGAAACCACUGUGGUGUUACAAUUGUAUAGUAAUUUGAUUGAAUGCAAUAGAAAGACUGAUCCGUAAUGCAUAGCAUGAUAGACAAUGAGUGUCCCGAGUGGAGUGGAGGCAGCGGAGUGAUAGUGUACAAUACAAAUUAAGAUUUCUCUGUAACAUGUAACUGUAACAGGUUAUAAAUGCCUACGUGCCUACUUAAAAUAAUUUAUUCAAAAUAUUAUAUAAGUUUGCAAUUUCAUUUGUCAUAAAUUAUUAAUUUCAUACAUUAAAAGCUGUUGUUUUAGAUUUUUUUUCUGGUAUAGUAUUCAAGUAUUAUUUUAGACAGUAGCUAUCAUAUAGUAAACACUACAGAUGGAAAUAUCGAGCGUGUAAGUUGGCACGUCGGUCGGAAUAGUAUUCUGGUUUUCAACGUGCCAACUAUAUGUUGGAUAAAAUAUAAUGCAAAUGUUAUUGCUAAGUACAGAAAGAUUAGAUUUUUUCCUUGUUAUCGCCCAUGUUGAACCUCAUGCACUUGUUGAUAAAUAAAUUUUAUAUUAGAUUUAUUUAUUUGUUAUCGAUUUUAAUUUCCAAUAAUUUCAUUUUUAUUAACA